GAGUAUAAUGUUGUUUGGAAACUAGCGUUGAACUGGUAUCACCAUUCAGUCUAGCAACAACCACAUUAAAUAUCGCUAGGGGAUCCAGCGUUGCAUCGAGUGGGAUUGUAACACUUCACCGAGAAAACUUCAUUAUUUAUAUGAAGUGGCAUAGCAGUACCGCACUUGGAAAUUAAAAGCAAUGUACGGUAAAGCAGAAACAGGUGAAUCUUCGGGCUUGGGUUUUUGUGGCUGGAUUCUCACUGCCCUGUCGUUCAUCUUGUUCUUAGCGACAUUACCUUUAUCCCUCUUCAUAUGUAUCAAGGUGGUGCAAGAGUAUGAGCGCGCAGUUAUAUUUCGCUUGGGGCGUUUACUACAUAGUGGCUCAAAAGGUCCAGGCAUCUUCUUCAUCUUGCCGUGCAUUGAGAACUACACUAAGGUAGAUUUACGCACCUUGACCUUUGAUGUUCCACCCCAGGAGGUACUGACCAAAGAUUCAGUGACUGUCUCUGUUGAUGCUGUAGUUUAUUACCGGGUUCACAAUGCCACUGUAUCCGUGGCUAAUGUGGAAAACGCUCACCACAGUACUCGCCUGCUAGCUCAAACCACACUUCGUAAUAUGCUUGGAACACACGACCUUCAUCAGAUUCUUGCUGAUCGUGAACACAUCUCCAACUCCAUGCAGAGUGUCCUUGAUGAAUGUACCGAUGCCUGGGGAAUUAAGGUGGAACGUGUCGAAAUCAAAGACGUGCGCUUACCAGUUCAACUUCAACGUGCCAUGGCUGCCGAAGCAGAAGCUGCUCGUGAAGCUCGUGCUAAGGUAAUUGCUGCUGAGGGUGAACAAAAAGCAUCUCGAGCUCUGAAAGAAGCAGCUGACGUCAUCUCUCAAUCACCAGCGGCUCUCCAGCUUCGUUACCUGCAGACCUUGAACACCAUCUCCGCUGAGAAAAAUUCAACUAUUAUAUUCCCUCUCCCCAUCGAUUUUCUCAGUGAGUUCUUGCACAGAAAGAACAACUGAGGGCGAUCUUUUCAUCCAUUUCAAUCGAUCCUGUCCAGCUUAAGGUCACCUCGUGGUCAUUAAGCUGAUCUAUUUAAAAAUCAGGUCCGGUUGUUGAAAAGAUGGUGAUAUCAUAAGUGUUUUACACCUUUGUAAUUGUGUUGGUAAAUGUGUAUACAACUUUCGACUUUCCUGACAGUCGACUCACGUGGUGUCCUUAUUGUAUUUAACUUAACUGACAAGCACACUUUAUUGUACCUGAUGACCAGGUAAGAUUUCGCGCUCACUUUUCAUAAUCUCCAACUUAAAGCAUCAAAUCCUGUAACGAGAUUUUAAGCUUAUUUUAUAAUUGUUUUUGCGCGAAUCCUACUCCCCCUUUGCAGUAUAUAAUAACCAUGCACUUUUGUUUAUAUAUUUAAGAUCGACCGAGAAAAUUCGGAUCUUACGCGUCUCUUUGGUUCGACGUAAAUUUAUUUUUGUAUCCAAAUUACUUCAAAACAAAUUUUAUAUGCGACAUUACGUUGGGUGUUAACUUCGUUAUCUUAAAUAUAAACAAAAAAAGAACAAAAAAAUUCAACUGAACCGACUAUCGCAAGCUCUCCAGAUGAAGUCACAAAAUCAGCAGUGUUUUUAGUACGUAUGUAACAAUUAUCUUUCUUAUUUUCUAUAUUAAUCUCCCAAGUUUAAAAAUGCUCUAUUGCUUUUACCAUUGUCGUUUAUGGAAAUGAUUACGUAUAAUUAUUUCGAUAAAUAUUCUCGUGUUUUUGGUCGUCUAGUGUACUUUUGUCUCUUUAUUUUGAUAUAAUACAAAUUAGGCCUAAUUUUAUUUUGAUAUAAUACAAGUUAGGCCUAAUUGAGGUAUCAUUCUGUAGAUCCAAGCAAAUGAAUAUAAAAUUUAUGUAUUUAACUUCCUUUUUUUAGUUCACUUAUUUUUUGUGUGCUUAAAAUAUCCUAUGAAUAUAAAGAAUAAUAAAUAGUUUUUAAAUGA